AUGAAUGUAAGUGUUAAUCUAUCGAAAAACGCCCGACAAAUUCAAAGUGAGACUGAAAAUGUGCAAGAAAAGAACUCGUACAUUUCAAGACUUUUGGAGCUUCCUGUCUCCAAACUUUUACAAAAAUGUAAAUCAUCUACGAUUACGGUAGACGAUUUGCCAAUUCUCGAAGAUGACCAAUACUCGAAUCGAGUCAUGUCUGGAUUCAAAUGGAAACGAAGAGUAAUUUUUUCAAUUCUCAUGAAAUUCUGGAAGUCGUUUGCUUCCGCAUUUGCUUUCAGAAUGUGUGCGAUAUUCGCAGAUUAUGCUUCAAUAUUAUUACUCAAAUAUCUUAUUGACUCUGCUGAAAUUUCAGCAACUCUUUUCAACUUUUUCAUAAUCGCAGUCUUGAUUUUAUUCUUCAUGCAACUCAAAUCAGUACUGUUUGGAGUUCAUACCUGUUUGGUCGGAGAGGACAGCGCAUUAAUGGUUACUGUACUGAAUAAUAUUAUCGUUAAAAAAGCACUUCAUCUAACUUCCGAAAACAACGAAUGGAGUAGAUCGAAGAUUGCGAAACUUCUGACAACACAUUCAGAAGCAGUUUCAAAUGCCCUCAUCUACGUUCACCAUUCUUGCUCCGCGUUGAUUGAAUUAACGAUUGCCCUGUUUUGGAUAUGGGAAACACUUGGAACAAGAACAAUUAUAGUUGUUCUAAUUGUUGCAUUAGUAUAUGCUGUGUUGAAUAUUGUUGACUCUUAUGUAUACAAAAAGAGUUUGAGAGUACAAUUGGGAUGUCGGGAUCGUCGAGUGGAAUUCGAAAAGACAGUUUUAAAUUCAAUGGAAACUAUCAAAAUGUUCUCCUGGGAAUCACAUUUUGCAAAGAAGUUAAAAUCUAUGAGAGGGAAAGAGGUUGCUAUUUUAAAAGGUUGGAAAUAUAUUCAAUUACUUUCUGUGUUCCGGAAAACUUUGUCAAUCAACAGUUUCAUGCAUUCUCUCAAUGUCACUUCUCCGUUUGUGAUCACCUUCGUGAGUUUUGCGGUCUACGGACUACAGUAUGAAAUUAGUGAUCUUCGAUUCGAAGAUGCUUUUGUUCUUAUUGCAAUUUUCAACUACAUGAGAAGACCUCUUCAUGUGAUUAUUCCAUCUCUGGAAAUUGUGAACAAAGCUCUCCACUCCGCAACUAAAAUAAAUCAAUUCCUAAUUGUCAAACAAUCUCCAAAAGUGAACUCUAAAAAUGCGCCACUCCCACCAUUGGAACCUGAUGUCGAUAUAAAAAUCGAGGCAGCCAAUUUUUCAUGGAACGAGAAAGAAGACACUUUAAAGGAUGUUUCGUUCCAAGUGAACAGAGGAGAGAAACAUGCAUUCAUUGGUUUUCCAUUGUGCGGAAAAUCAUCUCUUCUUUUUUCAAUAACUGGAGAGUUAAAAUUGACAAAAGGAAAGAUGUGGGUAUCGAAGGGAAUUUCAUUUGCACCUGCCAAUCCAUAUAUUUUUUCGCAGUCUCUCAAAGACAAUAUUUUGUUUGGAAAUGAGUAUGUGAAGUCAAAAUAUGACAAGGUUGUCGUUGCAUGUGAUUUGAAAAAAGAUAUUUUCUCUUUGCCAAGAUGCGAUGCUACGAUUUUAGGAGAUAAGGGAUAUGUUUUGACAUCUACUCAAAAAGCUCAAAUCUCAUUAGCAAGAUGUCUUUAUGAGGAUGCAGAUAUCUAUGCACUUGAUAAAGCAUUUGCACCAAUGGAUCGAGCAACAUCGAAGAAAGUUUUCACGAGGGUUCUUGGAGAAGCCGGAUACCUCCGAGAAAAGACCGUAAUUCUGGCCACAAAUAACAUUGAGCUCAUCAAGAAAUUCUCAACGGUUCAUGUUCUGAAAAAUGGAAAGAUUGAGACAAGUGGAACUUAUGACCAGAUUAUGGAAGCUAGUGAAAUUAUGAAUGAGCUUUUCAAUCAAAGUCAGAUUGAUAAGAUAAUUGAAGAGAAGUAUUCAGAUGAGAAACCACCACGGAAGACUGUGAUGUUCGAUGACAAGGUUUUGAAAAAGAAAAAGAAGAAACAGUCUAUGGAAGACACUGCUCCGACUUUCGAGAACAGAAGUGUCUAUCCAUUCUACUUCAGAAGUGGAUCCUUCAUUUUCUCUGCAUUCUACAUCGUUCUUCUGAUAUGUCGAUUUGUAUUCCAAGCUCUUGCAUUCUUCUGGCUCUCAUUCUGGUUGGAUCCCAUUUGGAAGAAAGUUGAAUGUGACAACUGUCCGCAGUACGUCUUCAUGCAAACUAUUUCGUUUUUUGCUGUCUCUGCUAUUGUUUCCACAAUGCUGUCUUAUGCAUUCUUUGUUCUAACGAAUGUAGAAACAUCGAGAAAACUAUACCAUCACAUUACAACUGCCAUGUUCGCUGUCCCAAUGAUAUUCUUAUCACAGACCAAUAAAGAAUCUCUGAUGCAAAUGCUCACAUCUGACCUUGAUUUGGUUGAUACCCAGUUUCCACUUUACUUUAAAUUCUCAUUCGAAAGCUCCUUACACAUUCUUACGAUUUUUGCAAUCGUCUGUGUCAAUGUUCCAGUUUUUGCGAUUUUCGCAGUUGCAUUCUUGAUAUUCCUUUUUGGUCUUCUCCGAUAUUUCCUCCCUGCUCUUCAUAAAAUUUCGAGUUUAGAAGAGCAAAGAAGAUAUCUGUUUUUAGUUGGAUCCACAGAAGAUUUUGAAGCACGUUUGAUGGUUCGAACAUUUGGAAAAGUGAGAGAAUAUUUUCAAACAAGAUCGAAAAUUUGUUCAUUACAGACUCGACAAACUCUCGCGAAAACUAGUGUAAACGCGGACGUCCUAACAAGAUGUCGUGUUGCAAAAUCCUCAACUCUUCGAUGGAUCGCCCUCAGAACCGAUUUCAUCUCAAACUUAUUGAUUUGCAUGUGCUUCUUUAUUGCAUCGAUUUGUCUGAAAGUUGGAUAUAUUGGAAAUGCCCAGUUCGCAUUAUCAGUUGCAUCUAUAUUAUGUAUAAGUGAACUGGUUUCCACAUUUAUCCGAACUACAUGUGGUCUCGAGUCCCUUACUCCUCAUGUUCAACGAAUCAGUAAUGUUCGAGACUAUCCGAAAGAGCCAAUAAUUGAUAAAUGCACGAUUCGAGAUUCUUGGCCCGAUGACGGAAAAAUUGAAAUCAAAAAUUUGAAUGUAUUUGCUAACAAAUACAAACAUGUAAUCAAGGAUGUUUCUUUGGUCGUGGAUGAAAGAGAAAAACUGGGGAUCGUCGGAAAAGUUGGAUCUGGAAAAUCUCAAUUGGCAAUGACGCUGAUCAUGAUGAGCUCGGCUGAUAAUGAGAGUCAUAUCAUUGUAGAUGAUUUGGAUAUUUUUGAGAUGAGUGUGAGAACUCUACGGUCUAGAAUCACAGUUAUUCCGCAGAAUGCAAGAAUAUUUUCUGACACACUACGUAGCAAUAUUGAUCCAUGUUGCCAGUUUGCUGAUAGUGAUAUCUGGUUGGCAAUUGAAGCAUGUCAGCUGAGAGAAUAUGUGAAAAGUUUACCCGAUGGGCUCCAUCAAAUGGUAUCUUCUCAAUCCAUGAAUAAUGAACAGAAAAGCCAAAUCAAUGUCUGUCGAGCUCUUCUAAAAGGAGGUCAAAUUUUUGUGAUUGAUCAAGCAACGAAAUUGAUGAAUGAACCAACGAAAUCGUUGGUGAAUGAGGCUCUGAGACAAAGCUCAAAACAGAGCACAACGUUAUGGAUAGGCGAGGACUUUUCAGACGUGGAGCAUUGUGAUCGUGUUGUUGUGAUUGAGAAUGGAGUAAUUCUCACAAUCGACACCCCACAACACCUGAUUAAUGAAUUCGGAUCCCUUCAAAAAUGCCUUUUGAAUUUUUCGAACUAA